UCGAUGUACUUUUUGCUCAGAGGUGUGUAGCUUUUUUCCCAGAAAAAAAAAAGAAAAAAAAAAGAAAAAAAAAAAAGAUGAACUCUAAGAUCCCGUGGUUUGGUAGACAGGAGCUCUCUCAACAUCUGCUGUAGAUUUCCAGUGGCCAAGAAGGCUCUCUACAGCUGACGAUAGUGAUUUGGCACUGUGUUUGCAUAAGGCAGAGGGUACAGGUAAGAGCUUGGGGAAAAUAAUGGAAGAGCUGGAAACAAAAUGGUCAUCUCCCUGUUACAGCCAGGUAGUAAGAUUUGAGCAAAAUAGUGCUGCAGCCUCCCAACAGGAAAGUUGUCUGGUGCAAAGCAGAUGGACUUAAACCAAAAAAUGCAGAGAGAAGGGGAAUGAUGGAAGCAAUGAGAAGUAGGAUUAAGUGCAGAGGAGCACAUGUGGGAAAGGAAUCCUACUGGUUGGAGUGGAUUUGCUAGGAAAGAGGAAGAAGUUUGCUGUGUUUUUGGGAAAGUUACAGGGCUUUGUGACUUACUGCAGCUGUUCCGUUUUGUGCUCCCCCAUGUGGCUUGAUUAUAUGCAUCCUAUUGGGUAAUCAGUGGGACCCUGUAACCUGGAGGGGAAAAAUUAGGGGAUCUUGAGACACUGUCGGUUCAGCUGCAGUGCAGGACAGAUCCCAGAUCCUGACUGUAUGCUUCCAGGACAGAUCUCUGUCCUUUCUUAACCUUGAGCAAGAGGUGGACUUUAUUACAUCCGAGAAAUGCUGCCUGAAGCCCCAGCAUGCGAAAGGGGUUCCAUGCGGAUUGGGAAGGAUUUUAUCCUGUUCACAAAGAAAGAUAGCACCAUGACUUGCCUCCUCUUAUCACGGACAUUCCAUGAGGAAGAAGGCAUCGACGAGGUCAUCGUUCCUCUACCCACCUGGAAUACAUGGAGCCGUGAACCUGUGACUGACAACAUGGAGAAAUUUGCUAUCGAGACGGAGCUCAUUUACAAGUAUUCCCCUUUCAAAUCAGAACGGGAAGUGAUGGACCAGUUCAGUAAGAUACGUGGCGAGAAAGGCACCCUGGUGAUCAUCUUUAACCUCAAACUAAUGGAUAAUGGAGAGCCAGAGCUGGAUGUGACUUCUGACCCUCAAGAUAUUCAGAUGGCAGAAACACCCCCAGAGGGAACCAAGCCAGAGCGCCGCUCCUUCCGUGCCUAUGCUGCUGUGCUUUAUAUUGAUCCCAGGAUGAGGAUCUUCAUCAAUGGACACAAAGUACAAACCAAACGACUCUCAUGCUGCCUCUACAAGCCAAGGAUGUACAAAUACACUUCGAACCGCUUCAAGACCCGUGCAGAGCAAGAAGUGAAGAAAGCAGAGCACAUGGCAAGGAUAGCGGAAGAGAAGGCUCGUGAAGCGGAGAGCAAAGCCCGUGCCCUUGAGCUACGCCUCGGAGGGGAUCUCACACGGGAGUCCAGGGUGACAUUGCGUCAUGUCCAGAACUCAGCUAUCACCAUGCGGCGGGAGGCUGACGUCAAGAAAAGGAUUCAGGAUGCAAAGCAGCGGGCACUGAAGGAACCCAAGGAGCUGAAUUUUAUCUUUGGGGUGAACAUUGAGCAACGCGACCUGGACGGCAUGUUCAUUUACAACUGCAGUCGGCUGAUCAAGAUGUAUGAGAAGGUGGGCCCACAGCUGGAGGGCGGCAUGGCAUGUGGAGGAGUGGUAGGCGUGGUGGAUGUGCCCUAUUUGGUUCUGGAGCCAACCCAUAAUAAACAAGACUUUGCUGAUGCCAAGGAAUAUCGACAUUUGCUGAAGGCCAUGGGAGAGCAUUUGGCUCAGUAUUGGAAGGAUAUUGCAAUAGCCCAGAGAGGUAUCAUCAAGUUCUGGGAUGAAUUUGGUUAUUUAUCAGCAAACUGGAACCAGCCUCCGUCUAGUGAACUGCGCUACAAGCGUAGGAGAGCCAUGGAGAUCCCUACCACAAUUCAGUGCGAUGUCUGUCUGAAGUGGCGGACUCUCCCAUUCCAGCUGAGCUCAGUGGAGAAAAAUUACCCUGACAACUGGGUGUGCUCCAUGAACCCCGAUCCUGAACAAGACAGAUGUGAGGCUGCAGAGCAGAAGCAGAAGGUACCACUGGGAACUCUAAAAAAAGACUUGAAAUCAAAUGAGGAAAAGCAGAAACAACUGACAGAGAAAAUACUCCAGCAGCAGAAAAAGCUGGAAGCUCUGCAGAAAACCACUCCAAUUCUAUCUCAGACUGACUUAAAGAAACUGCCUCUGGAAGUGACCACACGGCCUUCAAGGGAGCACACCCGAACUCAGCGCCCACGAUCUCCUCCUUUGCCUAAUGUAAUCAAGAAUGCUCCCAGCAGGCCACCAGGAUCUUCACCUCCUCACAAAUCCUGCACUCAGCUGAAAAAGAGCUCUUCAGAUCGUCCAAAUACCAGCUCCCCCAAGCUAGCCAGCAUGCUCUUCAAGGAGGAGGCCAGCACUUCCAGGACACACCAUCACACUGUGACAGCUGGGAAGUCUAACAGCACUUUAAAAACUCUUGCUAAACAAAGUACAAGCAUGAAGUCGCUCUCUGGCCUGCAGAGCCCCAAAAGCUCACGUGAGACACCCAAUCCAAAAGUAGCCAAGGUGCCAACAGUAAGGAAAUCUGCCUCAGGCAGAUUUUUACAGGCCUCCAGCACUCGAAAGAGGGCCUUGAACAUCCCAGAGGAUGGGUCUGAGGAGGAGGGUGAGCCCAAAAAGGAGAGGACAAAACGAGGAAAAUUUUCAGCAGUGAAAGAAGAGAAGGAUUCCAAUGAGGUGGUGGUGGAGCUCACAGACAGUGCUGGAGAGGAAGAGUUGUUGGAACUGAAGAAAGCACAGAAAGAUAAGGGGCUGCAUGUGGAAGUGCGUGUGAACAAGGAAUGGUUCACAGGCCGUGUCACGGCUGUGGAAAGGGUCAGGCAUGCAAUCCGGUGGAAGGUGAAGUUUGAUUAUGUCCCUACAGACACCACACCAAGGGAUCGCUGGGUAGAGAAGGGCAGUGAGGAUGUAAGGCUUAUGAAGCCUCCCUCUCCUGAAUACCAGGCUCCAGACACACAGCAGGAAGAGGAGGUGGUCAUGGCUGAACCUUCUACCUCAGAUUGCGUCAGAAUCGAGCCUGACACCACUGGUCCCAGCAGCAGCCAUGAAACAGUUGACUUGCUAGUCCAGAUCCUUCGGAAUUGUUUGCGAUACUUCUUGCCUCCAAGUUUUCCAAUCUCCAAGAAUGAGCUGAGUUCCAUGAGCUCAGAAGGGUUGUUGGCAUUUCCCUUGAAAGAAUAUUUUAAGCAGUAUGAGGUGGGUCUGCAGAAUCUGUGCAAUUCAUAUCAGACACGUGCCGAUGCCCGGGCCAAAGCCUGUGAGGAAAACCUCCGGAACUUAGAAAGGAAGCUGAGGGAAACAGAAGAGAAACUGCAGAAGUUGAGGACUAAUAUCAUGGCCCUUCUGCAGAAAGUGCAGGAGGACAUUGAUAUUAAUACAGAUGAUGAACUGGAUGCAUAUAUUGAAGACUUGAUCAUGAAAGGAGACUGAGCAGCUCCAGUACAAGUCCUGGAGAAGUGCAGAAGAGCUGGCUGCAAAGGGAGAUGUGGAUCUCUGUGCAGGUGGAAUGGGGCAGCUGAUGAGGAGAGAGUUUUUUAGACAGUGCUCAUGUUGUACAACUUGUUCCUUUGACUUUACAUGAGAAGCAUUUGUGCUGUUGGCAGGAAAAUUUUUAACUUUGUAGUUCUCUGAAUCUCUUCCUUUUGUUUAUAAAUAUUUAUUUUUAAAAGAAAUGGGAACCAUGCCUGAUACAAUGGGUGUUUUUAGUGAUGUAGAAGUGUGAGUACCCUUUUUGCAACUCAAGUAUGUUCAUAUGCUAAACCUGGGAGCUCGGACCACCCAGCUUAGCUUACUGGUUCUUCAGCAAGAACUUGGUAGCAAUUAAAAAAUAAGCCUUGAGUUGUGGCAGAGGGGGGUCAGGAUUUUUUGUGGAAGAUACUGAACUUGAGUUCAAGAAAGCCAAGCCAUGAAUUGGAGCUAUGGAAGAUGUCCUUGUAUGAGUGUGAGUAGAGGGAUGGAACCUCAGUGGAACUUGGAAAUUUGGCACUGGCACCUGCAGUGAGCUUCCUGAACAGGAGGUUGUUGCAAGAGGGUGAAACUGCCUCCAUGGUAAUAGCUAAGAGGCUGAGGGUCCUUCUAGAAGAGGAUCACUUUCUGAACUGCUCACAGUGGGCUGUGAGCAUCAGAGGAAGAAUGUUGGCAUUUGGGUUCUCUGCUUGCAGUCACUUUAUCACUCACUUUUGCUGCUGUUUCUUUGAGACAUAAUUACAGCAUCAGAAGGACUCCUCCUCUGCCUGACAAUAAAGUGACCCCUGUUCUUUUGUCACUCCCUCAGUGUUGUUUUGAUCAAUUUGUUCUACCAGGUAAUUUUAUUAUUAGAGACUUCUAAUUAUUAGAGAGAGGCUAUUUGGAGCCUUUGGAGCCCUACACCACUGAUUGGCAUCUGCCCUCUGCCUGCAGCAAGGAAGACACCUGUCCCUUAUCCUCCAGCUGCAGCCAGCUCCUGGUAAGCCACUUGUGACCAAGGGGACUCAGUCAGAGUUUGUCAGCUGGUCAGCAGCUUCUCAGGCCUGAUUGAGGACAAAGUGUCUGUGGACUCAUGUUUAGAAACUGGAGUCCCGUGCAAGCCAGAUGGUUGUAAAUAUGGUGUAAAGGAAGAGGUACCCAUUAUCAGGGAGGUCAGGUGGAAUGGACCCUUGGGGUUGAUACCUGGAUGUGUAAUAGAUGUUUUGCAGCAAACCCUUCCAAAUUAAAUAUCUGUUGCACCAAAAAUCUUUGGUAGUAAUUGUUUAUAGUCCUGAAGAACUCCCAGGUUUCUACACACCACAGAAGAGAAGAAAGGCUUUUGCUUAUUACCUGAAUUCCAGGCACUUGGCAGAGCACGCAGUGAGACUGACUGCUUCCAUCCAGAAUCUGGGCCUGACAUCCCACAAUAAAUAAAGGUAAGGAGUAUUCCCCUAUCCUCAUACACCUUCCUGCACAGAGGGGCAGCAUUUCUUAAGCAAAGGAACAGGCUCCACCAGUCUCCAUUUCCUCAUACAUACUGGAGGUUUUUUUGUUGUGAUGAUACACUGCAGUUUCUGAUGAAAAUAAUCUGUCUGGAGAAGGUGCAUUUUUUAUUAAGGUGAAAGAAGUCUUUGUCCUUCCCAGAAGACAGACAUUCUAAAGAAGGAGAUUUUGUUAUAUUGCAGUUCAGAGCUGCUGCUGCACACAGGCUUUAAUUUCUGACACCCUGAGGGCACCAGUAUGGAGCUAACCGUUCUUAAAUACUUCCUGAGCUUUGUGGCACUGUUUGAUUCCCUACUUCUCUCAUGUUAGGAAAGUGCAAUUGUUUUGAGGUUUGGUUUUUUCUCCUCUGUUCUGUGCAACUUCUCAUUUCCAAUUGUAGCUCUUGUUUUUAAUGUAUUUAAUUUUUUUUAUCUUGUACCAAGGUUUUUUGCUAGGAAGAGCAAGCCAAGAACUUUUUAAGUGCCAGUAAAACAAGUUUUUCAUUCUCAAACCCUUUUGGGCAAUGCUCUGCAGCUGCUUUUUUCUUGAAUUUGUUUCUGUAAAUUUGUUAAGCAAGUCUGUGUGUAACAUCAGGUUUUAGUAAUACCUCUAAAACCCACAGGCUCAGAAUGCCUCCAGAGGGGAUCAAAACUCCUGGCUCCAAGUGGGGUAUACUCCAAAGCUUUAUCAAGUGGUUCAGGGCAUUUUCCUGUUGAGCUCUUAAAAUCAGGGGUGGAGACUGCCCCACAGCUCUGCACCACACACCACACAGAGGAAGUUUUUCUUCCUCUGUACAACAAAGGGAUGUCUCUGUCAAAUCUUGAAGGUCGUUCUAGCUGCCAUCAAGAACCUGUCCCCUGCCUGUAACCCUGUCAUGACACCUCCGUCCUGCAUUUAAGCCUCUUGAUGUCUCAGAUGUUCCCCUAAGUCUUCCUCUUCACUUUCAGCUGUUUCUUCGAGCAGAAAUACAAGGACAUUAGUUUCAUUUUGCACAACAUUACCCUUCCCCUCUCUAUGGCCAGCUUAAUCCCUUUUUUAUACAUUGCAUAUUUGAAAUUUCUCCCAGAGCUUUCAGCUGGGUAAUUCAUGCCAGCACACUUCUUCUGGUGAGGCUACAUUUUUCCUUCAAGCUCUCUGCCACAUUCCCUUUGCAUCUGCUUCCAAGAACAGCAGGAACAGCAGAUGAUGGAUGUUCUUGCCUGCGGGAAAGUAAAGACAGUGUGGCAGCGAGGGUCACUCUGGGAGAAACCAAGUGAGUCUGGGAAAUUUGCCAAUUCUUGAUAGUUGCUGUGGACUAAAAUGCUGGGGAAAUGGAGAGAAUGUCCUGUGUGCACCUCAGCUCUGCAGAGGUGUAAAGUAACACUGAUCUGGUUUGGAUGGAGAACGCUGAGGGGUGUGUGCGUGUAGUUUUGGAGGUGUUCAUUGUCCCUGAGAGUUCCUCAUUGGCCAGAGUUGCUUCUUAGCAAUGGAAUGAGGAGGACUGUGUGGUUUCUGUCUUUUUGGAGCACUUCUUGAAACGCUUUUUGUGUCUCAACCAGAGCUUUCACCUUGACUUGGUUUGAAAGACAGGUGUCUGCCAAGGAAGGCAGGAACAUCCCUUGGAAUGGAGACUAUUACCCCCUUCUGUCUGAAUUAUUUUAAUUUUGAAAUUAAGGGUCUUUCAGGCAAAGAUAUGGGCAAAGGAGCAGCAGUUCUUUACUAGUAUGGAUACGAAUGCAAGCAAACAACACCUCUGGCAUGAACCGCAAACAGAUGCAGAGACCCAGUCCCAGCCAUUUCCCCUGGGUGCAGUUCCGGGCACGGCCAGCAGGGGCGCUGGUGGCUGCGGGCGGGCAGGGUGGAUGCGCUGGCGCCGCCGCGGCUGCGGGUGGCGCUGUGGCGCAGGCUCGGCCGUCUCACUCCCAUUGUAACGGUGCACGCACCGGUGGAAGGGAUGGGAAAGGGCUUGCUCCAAAAACCUCCAGGGGCAGCCUAUCCCAGUGCCCCAGCAGGAACCUUGGAAGUGGCAAGCUGAAACAGCAGGAACGAGCUCACUCAGGAUAGCAAGCGAGGCAGCAGAAACUCAACAGCUGUAGCAGGAGUUGCAGGGUGUCCUGGCAGGCAGGGGUGUGGGGUUACAGUCUUGCAAAAACACUCUGCAGCAGUAGCCGAGGCACAGCAGCGGCUGAGCAGCAGCAGACUGGCUCGCAAACUGGGGUGGGAGAGGCUCCCUUGGAGAGGGAAGGGGCUCAGGGAUCCCAGGGUUUCGCCUGAGGCACCUAAGCAGAUGGUGAAGGGUCCUGUGUUUGCUGAGGAAGGGUGCUAAUAAGGCCCCAGUGCAACAGCCGCUCUUAGGAGCAGAGCUCCACUCAAAGGUAGGAGGCAGCAGAGUGGUUUCUGAGAAACUGGAGAGUGGGUUCUACUCUGAGAAACCCUCUCGGAGUAGAGGGUAAGAGAAGUGCAGCCAGGUGCUCUCCUCCCCUGAGCUUGGCAACUUCUUUUGUCUCUCUUAAGUACCAAUCUUAGAGACAGAUGGGACAAAAUCCUGUAAGAGAAAGAAAGAAAAAACACCAAACCCAAACACUCCCCCAUUAGAGACGCAAGCAAUUGCCAUCACACAGAGCAGCUCCUGUGAGUACUGGUCUCAGUUUGGAGACAAAUUCUGGGAGAAAAACACUCUAAAAUUAGUGUUUUUCUCUAAAGAGAGAGGGCUUCAAUAACUCCUCUUUCUUCUGCCAAUGAGAGAAAUGGAUACUGAUAUAAAAUUUCGACAGCCAAACCGAAUGGUAUUUUUCUUUAUUUUAUUUUAAAGAAAGCAAGCAAACAGCGCUGGGUGACCAGGGAGUCCCCGCUCCACUAAUGGCACACGCCACUACAAGUUCACCAGAAUAUAUAUACUGCUUUUAAGCCUACAAAGCAUUUUCCAGUGUGCUUGUGUUAGUCCGAAUCAGAAAAUAUCAAUAAGCUGGGAUCAGCAAUUUCAUAAUCUUUCCAGGUGAUCACUGGUUUCCUGUCCUGCUUGUGGUUGUCUGGAAGGAGGCCUUUCACCCGUGUCUGCUACAUAAUUUUUGUCUGUUACUAGUGCCUUAAGCUUUUUAUUGUACAUAAGUAUUUAGUUGCUUUGUUGCAAUAUCCCUUAGCUUUACCACAACUUCCUCUAUUUUAUUCUAAGCAUCAGUUGGUUUUGCCACCUCAUCUCUUUAUUCUACUAUACUACUUCUCUUUUCUUGUUCUAUGCUUUAUUUGGCUAUUUGGUCAGAAAGUUUCAAAACCGUUCUUUGUCGUUAUCCACUUUCGACUGAUUCCAUUGCCAGUUGACACGAAUCACAAAAACAUUCUUCACAAUACAUGGGGGUGAAAAUUAAAAAAAAAAAAAAAAUUAUUAACAGUAGAAAUAAAAACCAAUAAGGGUGCCCACAAAGCACAGGGAAAAAAAAAAAGGAAAAGGAAAAACAAAAGUUUAAACCUUACACCACACCCCCACCUCGAAACAUGGCCAAGGCAAAGAUGGUGACCACCCUUCUUUGUCUAUGGGGACGGGAGGAGAAAAGAGUUCACGGCAGCUGGGAACCCAUUGGAUUUCUGGCAUGGGUCUUCUCCUAGCAGCAGUCAAAGUUGGUGGAUUUAAAUGUCCUUUCUUGUGUCGGUUCAGCUCCUCUGAGGUCCCAGGUUCAGGGUGGUCCUGCCAGCUCCCCGGGCAGCCGAAGAAAGGAAAAAAAAAAAAAGCCAAGCCAAAACAGUUCGCAGAAAAAGAAAUCACUGAGAGGAUUCCUGGUACAACCUCCAGACUAGGGGAAGAGAAGGUGUCAUGAGUUGGCUCUGGCACAGUGCCAGUUCGCCCAUGAAAAUUCAUCUUUUAACUUCACUGAGAAACCUCACUUGGCUGUGAGUGCACUCCCAGGGGAACUCUCUAGGGGUGUAGUGUCAUAGGUUGACAAGGAAGUGAGUUUUCUCGUGAAGUUAUAGCCAAACCAAUCAGUGGUCAGAUUUGAAUACUGACACCUGGUGUAACCACUGAAGACAUGGACACACGCCUCUGAGAACACAGGGUUAAAAGCAGAGAACACCCACGGGAACUGUCUCUUUAGCUGCGCUCAGUGAAUAGCUCAGUGAAUAGUUAAGGCCUCUCGGGCUGGGCAGGGAAGGGGAAGCCAUGCGGCAUAGGAGAGGUAGGCCAGGAGCCCUGGACAGGGAAGGGGUUGAAGGGAAUGGAACCAGGCCAGCCCCUGCAGGACGGAGGGGUGGAGAAACACUGAGAUGUCCCGGGCAGCCCUCCCAGAGAGAGACAGAGACAGAGGGAGAGACAGACAGAGGGAGACAGACAGAGACAGAGACAGUGACAAAGACAGAGAGCCUGUGCCACCUUGAAAUUUGGUAUCAUGUGCCGGCAUACUGCCAGCAGAGGAGAAAGAGAAAGCGGGGGGAAGGUGCCCAGCCAUGGGAGUCCUGGGCAGGCUGCUGUGAGAUUUCAGCCGUUCUGGGGGCAGCAGAGCCCAAGACUUUAACGCUUUCAUGGACAAAGAAAACUUUGCAAGACACUAAUCCUCCUUGAUCUGAAAGAGAAGAGAGACAGCCUGGGGCCUGAAAUGUCAGAAGAAGAUGGGAAAGAAUCCUAGGUGGGAGGAGAUGAUGGAGUGGCCUUGGCUGGACUUUUUCUUGUAUAGCCAUAGGCUGAACAAUUUUGCCAUAAUACAGAGACUGCACUUAGGGGGAUGCAAUGGCUUGAGCCGAGAGUGACCUGCUGCAGUGACUGCCAGUGCAGGAGUGAGAAUGACCUGCUGCGGUGUUGUCAUGUGCAAGAGGGAAGUGAACAGGGAAAAGCUGAGGAGGGUGUGGUGGUGCCCUCUGUCCUCAGGGAAGAAGAUCUCUGUUCUCAAGACCCUCAGCCCCAUGGGAGGAGAAAAUGGGGGAGACUGUUGUCCCAAAGUGAGAAAUUGUUUUUUGGUACUUGGCAAAGCAUCCUUAAAAGGAACCCUAUGAGCAGUUUCAGUCUGUUGCAUUUCAGACUAAUAAGAGUUUAGUAGAAGUAGUUCGGCUAAGGCUUAGAAUUUCAUAGUAGGCCAUGGGCUGUGUGUUGUUAGAAACUGUUGUUAAGUAAAGGUAGUGUGGAAUGCUGAGAAGGUAGAAACCUAUCUCAGAAUACAUUCCAAGAAUAAGCCGUGGUAGAACACGUCAUUAUCUACAAGAUGGAUAGGUAAAUCUUAGGGGAAUACAUUGGUCAUACCUAACAGAGUGAAGAGAAUUUAUGACCAUAAAGAAUGUUCAAUUUUAACAAGAAUUAACUUGUAAAUAAAUGAUUGUUGGAGUGUAACGUAGACAAAUAUGUGUUGAAUCAAGCAACCGUUGAUAUAGACCCUAUAUAAACACAAUGAGUUUGUCAGCUCGGGGGGCUCUGACUUUGGACAUUAGUCCUCAGGCUCCCAGGGCCCUCAAUAAAGCACUGCAUAAAACGA